AUGCACCCUUUCUCCUCCCUGACCAUCGGUAUCUUUGUUGCUGGAUACAUCACUGCACGCUGGGAUCUUGUUACUCGGCUGUAUGAAUUAGCCAUCUUUGCCUGGGACCACGGUGUUUUCGCACGCGUGGCGAAAGCAUUUGCAGCCAUUUCCCUCGUCUACGUCUUUCUCGCCAUUCCUCUCGAUCGCCUUGCAUCCCACGAAGCCGCCGUUCAUCCUCGAGUCCUAGCGCAUGGGAUCUCUGCCCAAGAACAACUGCGUCGGAGAGGUUCCUUUUAG